AUGAUCGCAGAGUACAAGGCCUCCGGGUUCGGCAACGUGAUGGGCUGGGGCGCCAAGCCCGUCCUGCUCAUGAUCGACGUGUGCAAGGCCUACUGGACCGAAGGAUCCCCCUUGUCCACGCUCUCCCACGCCCCCUCCGCCGCGGCGCCCGACGUCAUGCGCAAGCUCGUGGCCGCGGCGCGGGCCUCGGGCACGCCGGUCGUCUGGACCGCGGUCGAGUACACGCACCCGGAGAUGAAGGACGCGGGGCUCUUCUGGCUCAAGAGCAAGAGCCUGGCGGCGUUCAACGUCGCGGAUGAUAGGGGGCUGGGCGGGUGGCUUGAGGGCCUGGAGCCCGUGGAGGGGGAGCUUGUGGUCAAGAAGAAGUAUGCCAGCGCCUUCUUUGGGACCAACCUGGCGACGGACCUGGCCGUGCUGGGCGCCGACACGGUCGUGCUGUGUGGCGUCAGCACGAGCGGGUGCGUGCGGGCGAGCACGCUGGAUGCGAUGCAGUCUGGGUAUCGGCCUAUGGUUGUCGCUGCGGCGUGUGGUGAUCGCAGUGACGAGAUUCAGAAUGCCAACCUGUUCGACCUGAAUGCCAAGUAUGCCGACGUGGUGACCGAGGCCGAGGCGGUAGAGCAUCUCAAGGCAGGGUGGCCUAAGGCAUGA